AUGCCUUCAAAACAAAAGUCAAAACCAAAAGGAAGUGCACCUGCAAAUCGAAUAUACAAAUCAGUCGAACCAUUACAUCAAACCACAUUUCCAGAGAAGAAGAAGCGUGUAACUAGGGGUUAUGGCAAGGAAUCCGCGGUCAAGCUUGAUAAACAGGAUACACUGACACAGAUGGAUUGGGUGAAACUCUAUGAAAGAGAAGCACUGGAAAAAGAAAUAGAAGAUGAUAUCGAGGAUAGUGAAGGGGAUUAUGAGCAAGAGGAAUCGAAACGAAAGACGAAACGAAGGAGGACUAUGGGUGAUGAACCAACCGUGAAGAGGACAAAAAUGUCGAAGAAUAGAAGGAGAACUCUGGUGGAAGAAGGAAGGACACCCAGUUUCUCGACACAAACGAUUACAAAACUUGAUUAUUGGCCACUUUCCGGAGCAUCUAAAGAACCAGAAGAUGAUCCCUCAAUUUAUGAUAUCCCUUUAUCCAGCCCGACAGCGGUAGAGCCACCUCGACGGAGUCCCAGAAAUACUUCCCAGCCUGCUGCUCCCGCUUCUACUGGAUUGAUGCCUCCACCACAAACACCAAAACACAGGAAGGUUUUAGAGAUCCCAUCAUCACAGUCACCCGCCACACCAACGUCAAGUCGGUUUGGAUAUUCUGCACAAAGGCGGUCACCAUUAAGAGAACAAUCCGCAAACGUUGCAAUUCCAUUUUCCCUACGAUCAAAGACUUAUAUGAGUGCUGAAAAGCUACCGAAAUUAAAGGUCGAGGAUACUUAUGAAACUGGGACGGAUGAAAGCCAAGUGGUUCGAACUCCUUCAAAGCAUUCAAGUCCACCGAAAACUGUAAGAUUUGCUGUACCCGAGCCCAAUCCAGAGCCAUUACUGGUAAAGACUCCUAUAAAACAAGAACCUGCCACUCAGCGCGGCUUUUCGCCAUCACCUAUACGUCAACGAGAAAUUCCAGCGCCUAAGAAUAUCAAAUUCGAGAUUUUAGAUUCUGAUGCCGAGGAGGACGAAGAAGAUGAAGAAUCACAAGUUAUAGCAGACACACCUAUCGAAAGUACUUCCAGCUACGAAGAUCAUACGAAUAUGGAAGAUGCAAAUGAGAAUAUAGUUGAGCCAGGACAGGACGAUACGCUAUUAGAUAUUGGACAGACAGAAGGCGACGCCGAGAAGGAAUUAGAACUUCCAGAAACGUUUUAUGGAGAUAUUGCAGCAGACACACAAUUUCAGGCCGAGAGGAUAAUGUCGUCUUCCAGUUUGAGUGAUGUCAAGGAGGAUACUCCACUAUCUGAAGACAUACCCAAAAUUGUCCAUUAUGGCGGUAGUCAAUAUCAACAGAGCCAGAAUCACACUACCCAGCACACACAGACCCAGCACCGCCAAACUCAACUAACCCAAACUUAUACCCAAUUCGGUAAAAGUCAAUAUCCCGAAAGUCAAAGACUCUCCACCCAACAACUUGAUGCUAUGGCACCUAGAUCAGAAACCUCCGAUAUAUUCAUCUCCAUAUAUCCUACUCACGUGGAAGACAUUAUAUCUCGCAAAAAGAACCACGAAUUCCGAUCGUAUAACUUCCCAUCCACAGUAUCCCGUAUCUGGAUCUACCAGACUAGACCGGUAUCGACCUUGACUCAUAUGGCGGUCGUUAGUGCCCCAAAAUCACCUGGGGAGAUAACGAAUCAUGAUGGGCUCGGUAAUGCCGAGUUUAAUAAGGGUGAUAAACGUUCCAAGGUUGCAUAUGAAAUUCUAGAAUUAUAUGCACUCGCAAAUCCAAUGACCUUUGAAGAAUUGAAAAGUCGUCAAUGGUUCAAAGCGGCACCACAAAAAUACGCCAGAGUACCACCUGCAGUCUUAGGUGAAUUGAUUGCAAAUUUGUUACCACCUCUAUUCGCACAGUCUUCAUCAUCUCUUUCUCCCUCAGAAGCAGAUGCUUCAGAAGGUGCACAUCCGACACCCAUUCUUCACCGAACAUCCAGCACGAGCACCGAAUCCCAAGAAGUACAAGAUCAAAUCACAAAUAAUAUUCAACAAUUUACGCAAGCACAAGCACCUUCAUCUUCACCUCCGCUCGCUACACCAACUCCUGCAGUACAUGUACCAUCUUCACCUCCGCUCGCUACACAAACUCCUGCAAUACCUGUACCAUCUUCAAAGAAUGGUUCUGUAAAGUCAUCACAAGCUUCAAGUGUUGAUUGUACGCAGACACAAACACCUAUUACACCGAGUCUUACACAUAGAGAAAGCCCUAUUCUAGAGAUGAUCCCAGAGUCACCGAUGAGAUCUCGAUCUAUUCCUUCCUCUUCGCGUGGGAGUAGUCCGGUGCUGAUGUUGUCACCGGUUGUUCCAAGGAGGGUUAUCGGAGUUGAGAGUCAGGAUGAGGGAGAAGAAGAUGAUUGCCCGGUUGCAGCAAUGACACACAAGAGGAGGAUUAUUGAGAUUGAUAGCCAGAGUGAAGAUGAAGACAAUGAAGAAGAGAACGACGAAGAUGUAGAUGAGGAAGAGAACAAAGACAAAGAUCACUCCCAUCACAUUACAGGAGAGCAAGAACAAGAACCACACCUUCUAUCCUCAACACCCCUCCACUACUCUCUAAUCCACUCGUCCCAAAUCAUGUCGCGUAGUCAAAUGAUGCGAGAGCAAGAUAGUUUGAUGGAGGAGGAAAUUAUGGGGCCACCUCCUUCGACCAUGCAUAGACAUGAGGGAUCGAGCUGGGAUGAAAGAGGAGAUGAGGAGUUUAUUGACACUACCGUAAAGCACAGUUUGGACGUGGCGCAUAUUUACUCAUCGACACAUGCCUCCACGAGAUUUCUCAACUAUACACCUAGCAGACUCCUUAUCCCAGAGUAUUGGUUCCAACUGUGUGACCCGUACCAUUCAUGUUAUCAUUCAUCCCCGCCAAUGAAACCUGACCUCACCUCCAUUCUUCAAAAUACCAAUCUCCAUCCCACUCCAAUUCUAAAGCAGAAUCCGUGA